CCUCGUCCCACGGCCAAACGCAGCAAGACGACAUCCUUCCCAUCAUGGGCCACCUUACGACCGUUGCCACGUGCCAGCUCAAUCAAUGGGCGCUUGACUUUGAGGGCAACCUCGAGAGGAUUCUCGAGUCCAUCCGGCAGGCAAAGGCCGCCGGCGCUGCUCUCCGCGUCGGCCCAGAACUGGAGGUGACCGGCUAUGGAUGUCUGGAUCACUUUCUCGAGUCGGACACGUUCCUGCACUCGUGGGAGAUGAUGGCCAAGAUCCUCUCCGACCAAUCAUGCUAUGGCAUCCUGCUCGACAUUGGGAUGCCUGUGAUGCAUCGAAAUGUACGCUACAAUGCUCGCGCCCUCUGCUACAAUGGGCAGAUAUUGCUCAUCAGGCCCAAGUUAUGGCUGGCCAAUGACGGUAACUACCGUGAAAUGCGUUACUUUACGCCUUGGAGUCCAGCUCGUCACGUUGAAGAGUAUUAUCUGCCCAGGAUCAUUCAGAACGUUGUUGGCAAAGUCAAGGUACCUAUAGGAGACGCGGUCAUCUCUACGAGGGAUACUUGUCUCGGUGCAGAGACGUGCGAAGAGCUCUUCACUCCCAAUCCUCCGCAUUCUGGCAUGAGCCUCAAUGGCGUGGAGAUUUUCACGAACUCUUCUGGUAGCCACCAUGAGCUGCGCAAGCUUGACACCCGCGUCCAGUUGAUCCUGGAGGCGACCCGUAAGGCCGGCGGUAUUUACAUGUAUUCCAAUCAGCAAGGAUGUGACGGCGACCGUCUUUACUAUGACGGCUGUGCCAUGAUUAUCAUCAACGGAGAAAUAGUAGCACAGGGCUCUCAAUUCAGCCUUAACGAUGUCGAAGUAGUCACCGCCACCGUCGAUCUCGAGGAAGUUCGAGCCUUCCGAUACGUGCCGAGCCGUGGUCUCCAAGCAGUCCAGGCCCCAGCCUAUCAACGAAUCGAGGUUGAUUUCAGCUUGUCAAGAGAGGGUGGGCUUUUGAACCCAAGCAUUGGACCAUCUCCCGUCCGCAAACCGUUCUACCAUGCCCCGGAGGCUGAGAUAGCUCUCGGCCCCGCCUGUUGGCUCUGGGACUACGUCCGACGCAGUCAUCAGGCUGGUUUCUUCAUACCGUUGUCUGGCGGCAUUGACUCUUGUGCCACUUCAGUCAUUGUUUACUCGAUGUGCAGAUUGGCAGUGCAAGCUAUCGAAGAUGGUAAUGAGCAGGUCAUCAAGGACGCUCGCGCUAUUUGUGGCGAACCUGAGGACUCUGAAUGGAAACCCUCGACUCCACAAGAGCUGUGCGGUCGGAUGUUCCAUACCUGUUACAUGGGCAGCGUGAAUUCUUCGGCAGAAACCCGCAAUCGCGCCAAAGAUCUCGCCAAGGAUAUCGGAGCAUACCACACUGACUUGAACAUCGAUACGGUUUCAGACGCACUCACGAAGCUCUUUUCCACCGUCACUGGCUUUGUCCCGAAGUUUCGAAUCCAUGGUGGUAGCAACACUGAGAAUUUGGCACUGCAGAAUAUUCAGGCCAGACUUCGGAUGGUAAUUGCCUAUCUGUUUGCCCAGAUGCUUCCUCUUGUCAGGGGCCGGAAAGCCCCUGGAAGCUUGCUCGUUCUCGGAUCCGCAAACGUAGACGAGUCCCUGCGCGGAUAUCUCACCAAAUAUGACUGCAGUAGCGCCGAUAUCAACCCUAUCGGUGCUAUCUCCAAGACCGAUCUUAAAAAGUUCAUCAAGUGGGCCGGAAAAAAGUUCGAUCUGCCUAUUUUGGAGGACUUCAUCAAUGCCACGCCAACGGCUGAACUCGAACCCAUUACCAAGGAUUACGUUCAAUCCGACGAGGCUGACAUGGGAAUGACAUACGACGAGCUCUCGGUUUUUGGCCGACUCCGCAAGGUGCACAAGCUCGGACCGUACGGCAUGUUUGAAAAGCUGCUGCACGAUUGGAACGACAGAAUGGGGCCAAGGCAGGUGUACGAGAAGGUCAGAAGGUUCUAUUGGUAUUAUGCGAUCAACCGGCACAAGAUGACGACCAUCACGCCUGCCUACCACGCAGAGGCAUACUCUCCCGAUGACAAUAGGUUUGAUCUUCGUCCAUUUUUGUACCCGGUGUUCAGUAAGUGACCUGAAGUACGUGGACGUGGGUCUUGAAG